AAGUUGCAGGCAGGGCCCCUGCGGCUGUAGUUCCUAGGCCCCUGGCUCCAACCACCAGCAAUGCUUUCUGUGGCUUCUGGCACUAGGGACAACAGUCAGGAACUGCUCACUGCUGGCCCAGUGCCUCCAGGAAAUGCAAAAGACAUCCUACUGAUACAUGAAGAAGAUGCUGAGGAAUGGGCUCUGUACUUGCAAGAAAUAUUUAUACAUAUUGUAGAAAGAGGAGCAAUUCUGUUAUAUCCCUUGUGGAAUUUUUCUUCUUCACAUUUGGAAUUGCUAAACUUAAAUGCUUACAAAUGCAAACUUCUGAUCUUAUCUAAUAGUCUACUUAAAGACCUAACACCAAGGAAAUGUCAGUUUCUAAAGAAGAUACUUGACUCACCGGAAAGUGUAGUGACUCUGCUUUGUGGCAUGGAGAGCUCAAAUCCUCUCUUCCGAUUACUAUGUAUCCCUGGAAGCAGAUGGGAGAUCUCAACAGAGCAAGAGCCUGAGGACUACAUCUCUGUCGUCAGACAGAUCUUAUACAGAGGUCCUGAAGACUACCUUGAGGUCAGCAUUCCACCAAACCCAAGAGCAAAAUAUAUGGAGGAGACAAGUGGACAGGAGGAAACUGAUGACUUAGAAGCUUCCAGAGUGUCUGUGCCUCUGGCCCUGGUGCUUCCCGGGGAAAUUCCAUGUGAGAAUCCUGGUGAGAUAUUCAUUCUGUUGAAAGAUGAACUAAUUGGUGAAAUUCUGGAAGUUGAAUUUAUAUCGAGCAACAAGCGCCUCAGAACACGGCCAGCACGUUGGAGUAAGAGUGUCUGGUGCAUGAAAGCUGUAGAUUUUCCUGCUGGUUCAGUCACUGUCAACAUCCACUGUGAUGGAAUCAUCAAGGCCACAACAGAGAUUAAAUACUGUUCAGCAGCAAAAGCCAUAGAAUGUCCAUUUAGAACGUCAGACCCAUGCAAGAUUUUAUGCCAGAAAAGCAUUGAAGAGCUUGAUGGUGUUCUCACAUCUAUAUUCAAGUAUGAGAUACCAUAUUAUGAAUUCAGACCUCUCCAAACUGAAACUUACCCUCAAGAAUAUCCUCAUGCCAGAGAGCUCCCGACACUCCUCCACUGUGCAGCAAAGUUUGGCCUAAAGAAUCUGGCUCUUCAUCUGCUACAGUGUUCAGGGGCAUCCUGGGCAGCCAUGAUGAAGAAUAUGGAUGGUUCAGAUAUGCUGCAUAUUGCUGAUAGGCAUGGUCAUGAAGAACUCAAGAAAAUCUUUGAAGACUUUGUGAAGACGUCUGACCCCCACCCAUAUUCAACUGCAGUUGCAUCCCAUUUGUCCUUCUGGCAUCUAGAGAACCUGUUCAUUAUUGAAGAUGAGAUGGCCAAAGGCAAUGAAACUAUUUACUUUCAUUUCUUUAAGAAUUUAGAUAAGAAAUUGUUAGAGAAGGUAUUGAGCAGAGGAAUGACACAUGCAGCCACCGGCAAAUGUGAGGUCAGAAGAUAUAGUAGCUCAGCUCCUAUCCUUAGUGCGUCAAAUGUCACUGCUGCUGGGCAUGCAGCCACGGGAUCAAAGGACAAGCAACAAUAUGAUUUUGAUCACCUGUUGGCUCAGUGGGUAGUGAUUUCGAUGCUUGCCAUAUAA